AUUUUUCUAUUAUACUUAAGAAUAUAUAAAUAAAAGGAGAAAUGAAAAUACACUAUAUUUUCUAAAGCCAAACAUCUCCUACUAUUGUAAUAUGUGUGGGUUAGGGUAGUUGCGUCUCUGUUUUUAAUAAAGUUUUACUAUUUUCAGUCGAGUAAGGAAAAUACUGUUAAUUGGCCUCUAUAAUGUAAGGGUCCCGUUACUUUGACACCCAUUUUUUAACACUCAUUUGACAACGCUACAUGUCAAGUUUCCAUUGGUGAUUUUUAAUUUUUGGUUUUUUAAUACAAACUUUUUCUCGAAAGUGUAAAUGAUUUCAGAAUAUUGCAUUUCCAUCUCUAUCCCUGCUCUAUUUCAUUAGAAACCGAAGAUUCUCUCUUCAUUUUCACAAAAAAACUCCUCCCUUUGCAUUUCCGUUCUCGUUCUCGCUCUCAUUGUGGGUGUUUGAAGUUGGUUUUCCGUUGUCGCAGUUUGGUCGAAAUGGGAAGUCCCGGACAACAACUUUGUUGGAGCAUGGUAAAUGCAUUCUUGGACCCUUUUGUUUCAUGUUGGGUAUUGGGUUUUUCGUUUCGUGUUGCUUUUCAUUGAUGUUGUUGGUUUGGGUGUUGGUUUCCAUUUGUUUCGUUAGGGUAUUGGGUUUUUGGUUUGGGGUUUUUGUUUUCUUUGUCGGUUCUUGGAUUUUUGGUCAUUUGAUUUUGUGUUUACAUUUGUGUUGAUUUUGGUUGAGCAGUUGAGGGUUCGUCAUUAUUUUUCAACGAUGUAUGUUUGCACAUUGAACGAACACUUGACAGAUGAGUAACGAUCACUCAUUUCCAAGACUUCAUUUGCUUGGUUUUUAUAGUUGAGUGGUAAAGUUAUAUUGAAUACUAAAAUUUUGCAGGAGUUAACGAUGAAAUGGGUGGAUUCGAACAAUGGUUUUGUUAUUGGUGACAAAGUUCUGACUAUGAAUGAAAAGGAUUUUUGCUUAGGAUUAGGGUUGAGUUUAGAGGGUGGUAGUAUAAACUUAAAGGAUACAAUGGUUAAAAGUACAUGUGUGAAAUAAUUAGGUAAGGGAACAAAAGAUUUGAAUUUCAUUUACAAAUUCUUGUUGAAGAAACACAAAAAAGAAAUAUCUUGUGAUGUUUUUUGUAGCUUGUACGUAUUGGUGGGGAUAUCUGAGAUUUUAUUUCCAAAACGUUAUGGACGAGUGUUUCCUAUCAUGUUUGACAUUGUUGACAAUCUAAGUCGUUUGAGUAAUUACUGUUGGGGUAGUUUAGUUUAUCGUUAUUUGUUAAAAAGUUUGAGCAAAGCAUCAGAUUAUGUGAAGAAAGGCAAAGCUAGAAGCGAGGUUGAAGUCAAUGGUUGUGUUUACAUGUUGCAGGAAGGUGAAUGUCUUGGAGGCAAAGUUGGCGGAAGAGAAGGCCAGAAGAACAACUACAAGGCCAACUAAAGACGACGCUGAACAUGGUAACAGUGCAUUUCUUUCCCCUGAUGGAAUGUCCAACAACGAACCAGGUGGGUUUUCAAAGACCGAACAUGGUGGAAUGUCGCAGAACACACCGGAUGGAAUGUGCAACACCGAACCACAAAUGAAGACCUAUGUGAGGAUGGAAAGAAGAAUGCGUUAUAAGAGUCAAGCCCUGAGGACACCAUACACCGGAAAUGUAGGACCUAGAAAGAAAAAUGAGUGAUUAUUGUAUGGUAUUUUGAAUAUGACAAGAACUUGAUAUUGUAAUUAAACCUAUUUCUUGCAAUAUAUAGUAGAUGCAUGUUUGGUUCCAUGUAUUUGUGUUAUUGAAGU